AUGGCCUUUGCGACAGUGUAUUAUGAACUCACCUCAGCAAUGGAAGCCAACGAAGGUCGCGACUGGGCCCAAUUGGAUGUGCUCGAGAAGUCGUUAAUCCUGGAUACUCUUAACUUUGCCCUUAUGAAAACACCGCGCCUAAACCACCAUCUGCUGCUGUACUUGGUCGAUCUGCUCCAAGCAUGUGUUGAGUAUUCGGACCUCAACCUCAUGACGGUGGAUCGGCUAGUCGCUGUUUUUCAGCCUUCCAUCCUGUCUCUUGGGCGGAAGAGAUGUCAAUAG